CGUGCUUUGACUGGAUGGCCCGCCCAAACCCAUUGCGCUGCCCUUUAUACGUGAAGUCCCCUCGCCGUCGCAACGCUCCCUCUUCCACCUUUUCUCUUGUACGUUUUCUGCCAGCGACGGCUUCGAAUCCAUCAAUCCACUGCCGUGCAAAGGCGCCGCCAUCCGAGUAAUUGCGCGUGAAGCAGCGUCGUGUUCGUCCCCGUGCCCUAGUCACUCUUUGAGCCCCUGGCCACCCGGCACUGCGUCUGCACUUCGAUUUUGGUGUUCUCGCCAGCGUCCGUCGACUAUCUCAGUACGCGCGCCUGGGUGUUGAGUCUGCCAGCCCGUCCAGUCGACCCUGUUUCCGCCAACUGCGUGUCCGUUCGAGAAGCCUGCGCGCGUGACUUUUCAACAGCCAAAUUGCUUCUCUUUUGGAUACCUCCUUCAAGCUUGUUGUAGACAUAUAACGCGCGCGGCUGCGACGUUUUGGCGUCGCAGAGUUUUGGUUUUCCAAAGCCAUGGACGCAGCAGAGGUCGCAUCGUCGCCCGGUAGUCUGAGCUCACCCCCUCAUUCGCCUGAACAGGGGACGCCCAACAAUUCCGCGAUCCACGCCACGAGCGGUGGUUAUGGUGUUGCAGCAAAUGCUAGCACCCCCACCCCUGCAGCAUCCACAACGCCCACACCCAGACUUACCGCAGCUGGCACCGUCCGUAAGAAGCCUGGGCCCAAGCCAAAGCCCAAGGACCCAAACGCAGAAGAGAAGAAGCCCAGGAAGCCUCGCAAGGCCGCGGAGCCAAAAGACCCCAAUGCAGCGCCCGCGCCGCGCAAGAGGAGGACCAAGGCGUCUCUGGAGGCACAGAAUGCUUCACCAGCGCCCGCUGACGAGAAGCCAGCUGUGAAUGUACUACAGCAGCAAUCCGCACCGCAAACAAGACCAGCAGAGCUGGCGCAGGUGCUCCAACCAGAGCAAUCUGCGCCCGUUACGCAACCUCCACCACCUCCGCGCGCGCUCGGGGCCAGUGCAGAGCCGCUUCACGGCAACCCUAACCUUUCCCACAUCACGCCGACGCCUUCAACACCACGACCUGCGAGCUCGGGCCAACGUUAUGACCCCAUACGUGGCGGUAUUUACGAGUCCAAACCACUCGUUGCUGCGAGCGUGCCUCCACCACCCAUCUCGCCACCCCUCAACCGAGCAAGCGCAUCCCCAUCCAUCACGUCCUUGAUUGAUCCGCCGACAGUCGCCAAUUCAACAUACACACAGCCUGCUAGGCUGCAGCACCCAACGUCCGUCACCUCUGCUCCGUUGUCGCCUGCCGCCAUAUCAAAUCGACCUGGUCCGCUCCUUCCUUCUCAAGACAACCAACCGCCACCUCGCCCCGCAGCACCUCUAGGCCCCGCACCCAUGGAUAUCGACUCCGACCCAAGGACUUCCGUGCCCAUGAAGAAGACUGACUCCGCGAGCGCGGGCACACUGUCCAACGCCCCGACUCCGCCCGUCAAAGCUCGCCAGAAGGAAGCCCCACCGCCCCUGCCAACAGGAAGCGGUUUGCUCUCAGGCACUCCAUUUGGUCCCGCUGUCGGCGUAAACGGAAACGGCGCUACCGAACCUUCAGGCGUCAACAUUUGGCUCACCUUCCCGCUGAAGGGUCAGACGAAUGUCACCAUCAACUUUGCUCAGGAGGUGGAGAAGAAAUAUGGCUUCGCUGCACUGCAUCCUCGAAUUGCAGCUCGUCGGGAGCGUCAACGGCAAAUAACAUCCAUGGGCGCUGCUCUCGAGAAGGCGGCCGGUCUUGCUGGAUCUGCUGACGACAUGUCAGUCGACCUGUCGGACAAUGAGAGUAACGGCGGCAACACAGGCAUGGACGAGGAGGGCUCCGCAGCGGGCAAGGCGAAGAAACCCCGCAAGAGAAAACAGGAAGAUUACGACAAGGAAGACGACUUCAUCGACGAUACCGAGCUGGCCUGGGAGCAGCAAGCGCUUAUGGCCAAGGAUGGCUUCUUCGUAUACAGUGGCCCUCUCAUUACCGAAGAGAAGCCUGCCGUGGAGAGGGCCGAUGGGACUGUGAAGCGUGGUCGUGGACGCGGUCGCGCUGCAGCCAGUCGAGGAGAGACCUCAGGACGUGGCCGAGGUCGCGGUGGCGGCCCAGGCUCACGCGGUGGUCAAACUGUACGCAAGCCUCGCGUCACCAAAGCCGACCGCGCCAUGAUGGAGCAGGAAAAAGCAAAGCGGAUCGAAUUCAGCCAGCAGCUCGGAAGCAACAGCAACCUCGCCAACAUGCCCGUCACAGCUCACGCUGGUACCGUUCAUCCAACGAUGUAGCUGCGCAUUGCCGUCAGUAUUUCUCUUUCUGAUUUUCUAUUCGAUGCAUGGCGCUGUACGAUAGAUAUCCUCAACGGCUCUUCUGCCGGUGUACCUGUUAGGGUGGAUGUCUGCGAUUAUGAAUUGGCGUUAUCGGGUUCGGGGUGAGUGUGGCACUGCUUUGGUGGGACCGGUAUGGGUGGUGUUGUUUCAGUGUGUUAGCAUGUGUUGUGGAGUUCGCCUUCGUGCGAGCUUGCACCUUUAGCUCAAAAGGAUAGAUGCAGUUUUCGAAUGCAUG